UUUCCCUUCUCCAUUCCUCAGGCAUUCUUCACGUGCGCCUUGGCGCCAAAAGAAACGAGCAAACCAAACCAAACCGCCGUCCCCGUUGCCAUCGUGCGGCGUGCGGGCGCACACAACGUUUCGUGGGAGAGACUAGAGAGCCAUGGCCCAUGGAGUAUAAAUAGAGAGGGCCAAACUCCGCCGGCUGAUCGAUCUCGUCUCACACAUAUUAAUUCCUGAGCCGGCUGCUCGAUCAUAAGGAGCCUCGUAGCUGAAGAUAUGCAUCGAUCAAUGGCGGCGGGAAGCAGGAGCGCGGCGGAGGAGCGGCACGAUGAGGAGGCGCUUGAGCUGAGCCUUCGGCUGCGGACAGGCGGCAGCAGCGGUAGUAGCGCGGCGGCGGAGGAGGCAGCGGCGGCGGCGAGGAGGAGGAGCAUGACCAUAUUCUACAACGGCCGGGUGUGCGCCGUGGACGUCACCGAGCUCCAGGCAAGGACGAUCAUAACCAUGGCGAACCACCAGAUUCUGACCGAGCAGCAGCAGCAGCGCAUGGACAGCGAUCGCCACCUGCAGGACAGUAGCAGCAGCACCAGCAGCAAUGCCGCGGCGCACUGCAGAGGUCGUCAGGAUACAAAGCCGCCGCCGGUGUCGCAACGUUCUGCUCCAUCGCUGGCACCUCCUCCAGGACUAACUGCGGCGGGGGCGGCGCCGGUGAUUAGCCAGGCGGCCGCGGCGGGGCUGUCAAUGAAGCGGUCGUUGCAGCAGUUCCUGCAGAAGCGGAAGACGAGGGUCGCCGCCACGGGGUCGCCAUACGCCGGCGGCCGGCCGGCGGCGAGGCACUCGGCUAUGCACUCCUAGUCUCCUAGGCUAUGCCAGGCGCAUGACGAGCUGCAGUCACGUACUAGCAUGCGAUGCCAGUUCAGAUAGUAUGCGAUGCCAGUGUUCAAAAUGGAGUGCUUGCUUGUUAAUUUGGCCAGAAAAUUCUAUAGUAGCUGUUGAUCUUCCAUUUUCUUCUUCAGAUAACCAUUUAGAUGUUACCCAUAUAGAGUUCAUGGUAAUGUAAUUCAUUAUGCUGAUC